UUAGUGUAGUGAUAGUAGUGUGCCACAAAAUCUACCCUAGUUUUAUUUUAAUACAAGUAAGUUGUAGUGAGAGGAAGAAAGAGAGAGAAAAUAAAAUGGAGCGGUCCUCACGUGUGUUUUCAGUUGUUCUUCUCAUGCUUCUGCUUGUGAUUUCCACAGAUAUUGGUGCAAAGGUGGUAGAAGCAAGAUACUGCGAGUCAGCAAGUUACAGGUUCAAGGGACUAUGUGUUAGCAGGAGAAACUGUGCUAAUGUUUGCAAAACUGAGGGUUUCCCCGGCGGCCGUUGCCGUGGUUUCCGCCGCCGUUGUUUCUGUUACAAACCUUGCGCCUAAGUAUCGUGCUCCGAUCCAGUCCGGUUUCUUUGAGUGCUAGCUAGUUAGCUAGAACUCAUGACAUUGAAGUACCUUUGUGUUUUUGUGUUCUAAUUGUUGUUUUAAGCAACGUGUAUGAGCUAGUAAUGUUCUUCUUUGUGUAUUAUCUUUUUAUAAGAUGCGUAUGUUGUUACCUUCCUAAUGUUUCUACAGAGUAAUUAAUGUUACAUCUGUUC